CAGCCGGUGCUUUCUCUGGUGCACAGCGUGGAACUGAAGGUCCACUGCCUGCUUGCUGUGAGACAGAGCUUCACCUGCCCCUACAGUGUCCCAGCUGAGCCGUGCAAUACUUCCAUGGCUCCAUGAGGGUCUCCUCAAGGAGCCCCCUUUCUUCUGCUUUGCCAACCUCCCCUAGCUUAGCAAAAGAGUUUUCUCAAGGGAGCCUUGGGGACACAUGGAGCUUUCUGGCCCAGCAGCAGCCUGAGCAUGGGAUAUGCUCAGAGCAUACCGGGACAUGCGCGAGGCAAACUAUGUUGGUGCUGACAAAUAUUUCCAUGCUCGUGGCAAUUACGAUGCUGCCCGAAGAGGACCUGGUGGUGCUUGGGCAGCCAGAGUGAUCAGUGAUGCCCGGGAAAACUGGCAAAGCGGCGUGAGCGGCAGAGGCGCAGAAGACACCCGUGCCGACCAAGAGGCGAACGCAUGGGGCCGAAACGGGGGGGACCCCAACCGCUACAGACCCGCGGGCCUUCCCAGCAAAUACUAACGCGCGCUGUGCCCCUUCCCCCUCCCUCAUGCACCCCCAAUAAAGAAACCGCCUUAUUUCCUGA